CAGAUAAACUCCAGCAGUCUGUCUCUUCUCCUCCAGGUCUGCUCGGGAUCUUCAGCUCCAGGUGCGACACACACACACGCCUCGCGAGCGCCGCGCGGUCCGGUGCAGCUGAGGAUGAUGAUGAGGAUGAUGAUGAUGAUGAUGAUGAAGACUCUCCGGGUCACCGGAGUCGCGCCGCUGAUGGUUGUAUUGCUGCUGCACGCGACACGAGCAGUGUCGUCUCCAGCAGCCAAUCACAUCGAUGUGCUGAAGAUUCUGGACCUAUCAGAUUCCAUGGAGGGCGUGUCAUUGGAGGCGGGGCUGUGUAUGAGUAGGCGGGGCUCAGAGGAGGCGGAUCUCGCUUAUAAGAUUGAGAAGAAAAUCCAAGUUAGUGUUCCGACCAAUCAACUCUUCCCAGACUCGGCGUUCCCGGAGGACUUCUCGGUGCUGGUGACGGUUCGAGCGCGGCGCGGCGCUCAGUGUUUUCUGCUGUCGGUGUAUGACAGCGAGGGAGUGCAGCAGCUGGGCCUGGAGCUCGGACGCUCGCCCGUCUUCCUCUACGAGGACCACAACGGCCAGCCGACCCCUGACCUCUACCCCAUCUUCAAGAAGGUCAACCUCGCCGACGGCAAGUGGCACAGAGUGGCCUACAGCGUGGAAGGUCAGAAGGUCACGCUGUACCUGGAUUGUCAGAAAGUGGCGACCCUUGACCUCCCCAGAGGCCCGGAGCCUAAGGUCAGCACGGACGGAGUGACAGUGUUCGGGACGAGACUCCUGGAUGAAGAAGUGUUCGAGGGUGAGAUCCAGCAGCUGUUAAUCGCUCCAGACCCCAGAGCUGCUGCUGAUUACUGCCACACCCACAUUCCUGACUGUGACUCCGCCCUCACCUACAACAGCCUAUCGCUGGACCCCGUGGAGGUCCAGAAGCCUCCGAGGAAGCCAGUCGAAGAGGAGUUUGACGAUGACCUUUACAAUGACCUUUACAGUGACCUGUCUGUGUCGACUGCGGGAGACAACGCCACCGAGUACGAGAUAGUGGAGUACGAGGACACUGAGAAUGAGACGGAGUAUUUUAAGGAGUACACUGAGUAUCAGGAGUAUGAGGACUAUGAGUAUCGUCCGGCGGAGAGACAGGAGCAGUUCUUCAGCGGUCAGGCUAUCGGUCCAGAGAAGGGGGAGAAGGGCGAGCCGGCGGUGCUGGGAGCGGGGACGCUGAUCAUGGGACCCCCGGGCCUGCCUGGUGCUGAGGGGCCGCCGGGUGAACACGGCCCUAUGGGACCCCCGGGGCCGAUCGGAGAUCCAGGAGACCCGGGCCCCGAGGGCCGACAAGGACUUGCAGGGGCUGAUGGGAUUCCUGGACCUCCAGGGAACCUGCUGAUGUUACCGUUUCAGUCUGGCGGUGACGCUCGUCACGGUCCCGUUAUAUCCGCUCAAGAGGCUCAAGCUCAAGCCAUCCUGCAGCACACUAAGCUCUCUCUGAAAGGCCCGCCGGGACCAUUAGGACUCACGGGACGCCCGGGACCUCUGGGAUCUCCGGGCCCGCGGGGUCUGAAGGGUGAUCAUGGAUUCACAGGACCUCCGGGUCCUCGUGGUCUGCCGGGGGCUCCGGGAUUCAAUGGUAAACCGGGCAAGAGGGGUCGUGCUGGAAUCGACGGAGCCAGAGGUGAACCAGGAGAGACUGGAACUAAAGGUGACAGAGGGUUUGAUGGGUUGCCGGGUCUGCCUGGAAACAAGGGUCACCGGGGAGAUCAGGGGAAGAAGGGGCCAGUCGGUCCUCCAGGAGGCCCUGGAGAAAAAGGUUCAGAUGGUCAGCCGGGGCCCAGAGGUCAGCCAGGAGAGCCUGGUCUAGCAGGGUUGACGGGUCAGAGAGGUCUUCCUGGUCCUCCAGGACAGCAGGGUAUUCGUGGGGUUGAUGGAGUUCAGGGUUCAAAAGGAAACAUGGGGCCGCCUGGAGAACCUGGAGCUCCAGGACAGCAGGGGAACCCAGGAUUCCAGGGUUUUCCUGGACCUCAGGGAGCAGUCGGGUUACCAGGAGAAAAGGGUCCUCAGGGGAAGAAGGGUAUGAAGGGGUUACCUGGUGUCGACGGCCCACCGGGUCAUCCAGGACGAGAGGGGUCGCCUGGAGAGAAAGGCCUGCCGGGCACAGCAGGUGUUCAGGGGCCUGUGGGAUAUCCUGGACCCAGAGGAGUCAAAGGUGCUGAUGGGCUCAGAGGACUGAAGGGCAGUAAAGGAGAAAAGGGUGAAGAUGGUUUCCCAGGAGCCAAAGGAGAAAUGGGAGCUAAAGGAGACAUUGGAGACCUGGGUGCUCCAGGACGCGGUGAGGACGGUCCUGAGGGCCCCAAAGGGCAGAGUGGUCCCUUGGGUGAACCUGGACCCGCAGGCAUCGCUGGAGAAAAGGGAAAGCUGGGUGUUCCAGGUUUGCCAGGUUACCCAGGACGUCAGGGCCUGAAGGGUGCUGAUGGUUUUCCAGGUCCUGUCGGCGUUCCAGGAGAAAAGGGGAAGAAGGGUCCACCGGGUCCUGCAGGGGCCGCCGGUCAGAGGGGACCUAAUGGGGCUCGGGGAGGCAGGGGUGCAAAAGGACCCACUGGGAAAUCAGGAGACAAGGGGUCUUCAGGACAUGACGGCCCCCCAGGGCCCACAGGAGAGAGAGGUCCACAAGGGCCUCAAGGACGUGUAGGUGAGGUGGGCCCCAAGGGACCCAAUGGGCCUGCUGGGAAGGACGGUCUGCCGGGUCAUCCAGGCCAGCGGGGGGAGCCGGGUUUCCAAGGCAAGACGGGUCCUCCAGGACCAGCUGGUGUCGUUGGGCCGCAGGGUAAUACAGGAGAAACUGGACCGAUGGGAGAUAGAGGACACCCGGGCACUGCAGGACCUGCUGGAGAGCAAGGUUUACCUGGAGCCGCUGGGAAGGAGGGUGCAAAGGGCGACCCUGGAGGUCCAGGUACUUCAGGAAAGAGCGGUCCAGCAGGUCUGAAAGGUUUCCGUGGAAGUCGUGGGGCGCCCGGUGCCAUGGGACCAGUCGGAUUGAAGGGAGGGGUGGGGCCAAUCGGGCCCCCUGGACCUUCUGGGCCCACAGGUGAACGGGGCCCCCCUGGACUGGCAGGUGCCAUUGGUCAGCCUGGUCGACCUGGAACCAUCGGUGGGCCUGGACCAAUGGGAGAGAAGGGAGAGCCAGGAGAUAAGGGUCUGAUCGGACCCGCAGGACAGGAUGGUGACCAGGGGCCCGUGGGAUUACCAGGAGCCGCUGGACCUCCAGGACCCCCAGGAGAGGAUGGAGACAAGGGAGAGACAGGGGCUCCAGGGCAGAAAGGCAGCAAAGGAGACAAAGGAGAAUCAGGGCCUUCAGGUCCAGUCGGCACUCAGGGGCCAGAGGGGCAGCCGGGAGUACCGGGUGUGGAUGGUGAGCGUGGUCCUCCAGGACAGCAGGGCAUGUACGGACCGAAGGGAGAUGAGGGCCUCAGAGGAUUCAAGGGCUCCAGGGGCCCCGUGGGGCUACAGGGGAUGCCCGGUCCUCCAGGAGAGAAAGGAGAGAGUGGGAACUCUGGUCUAAUGGGUCCUCCUGGUCAGUUUGGUCCCAGAGGAGCUCAGGGGCCCUCUGGUGGACAGGGUCCUCCUGGCCGUCCUGGAGUACGUGGUCAGCCUGGUGGAGUUGGUGAGAAGGGUGAAGAUGGAGAGUCUGGUGAUCCUGGACCUGUUGGUGUUCCUGGCAGCGCAGGCGAGAAAGGUGAGCAGGGUGAGAAAGGAGACACAGGACCACCCGGAGCUGCAGGUUCACCGGGAGCCAGAGGAGCAUCUGGAGAAGACGGAGCGAAGGGGAAUGCGGGUCCUAUUGGUUUUCCUGGAGAUAUGGGUGCUCCUGGAGAGCCAGGUGUUAACGGCAUCGAUGGGAGUCCGGGCUCUAAAGGAGAUAAUGGCGAUCCAGGCAAAUCUGGCCCUCCAGGACCCUCUGGAGAACCAGGACCACCAGGAAGGCCAGGACGCAGGGGUCACUUGGGUGCUCCUGGAAAAGAGGGGCGGCCGGGGCUCAAAGGAGACAAGGGAGCUCCAGGAUACGAAGGCAUCAUGGGAAAGACGGGGCCGGUGGGCGGUCAGGGGAACCCAGGGAAAGCAGGACUUCAGGGGCUUCCAGGAAUCCCUGGACCAGCGGGAGAACAAGGGCUGAAUGGACCCCCAGGUCAAACAGGACCCCCGGGGCCGAUGGGUCCCGCUGGACUGGCAGGACUGAAGGGAGAUCCGGGCAAGAAAGGAGAGAAGGGUCAUGGCGGUCUGAUUGGUUUGAUUGGGCCGCCGGGUGAGUUCGGAGAGAAAGGUGAUCGAGGACUGCCGGGAAACCAGGGGCUGCAGGGAGCCAAAGGAGACGAGGGACCAGUCGGACCUCCAGGACUCAGUGGACCGCCGGGAUUACCAGGACUGUCUGGAUCCAUGGGACAGAAAGGAUCUAAAGGAAACCAGGGCCCUAUUGGACCCAGAGGAGAUCCUGGUCCUGCUGGACCCCCUGGUUCCCCGGGUCUUCCUGCGGUGGGAAUGGCGGCUCCUCCGGCGCUGGAUGCGUUUGUGAUGGAAGAGGGGGGGGGGAUUAGGAUUUGGGUUGUGGAUGGAGCGGUGAUGGAGGACGGACAGAUGCAGGACGAGGAGGCUCAGGGGGAGGGGGAGGACAUGGAGGAGGUGUUUGCGUCUUUGACCUCCAUGAGGACAGAUGUGGAGGGACUCCGGACGCCACUGGGCACCUACCACAGUCCUGCCCGCACCUGCAAAGAGCUGUGGAUGUGCCACCCCGAGUAUCCCGACGGAGUUUACUGGAUUGACCCCAACCAGGGAUGUCACAGGGAUGCGUUUAAAGUGUUCUGCAACUUCACAGCAGAAGGUGAAACGUGUCUCCAGCCGCACAGCAGUGUACAGACGGUCAAAAUGGCUUCAUGGAGCAGAGAGAAACCAUUCUCUUAUGUGGAUGUGGAUGGAAACCCCGUUCACAUUGUGCAGCUGGGCUUCCUGAAGCUCUUGAGUGCCACGGCUCGCCAGAGCUUCACGUAUGUGUGUCAGAACUCGGCCGGCUGGUUCGACAGCACCUCCCUCAGCUACAGACACGCGCUGCGCUUCAGAGGCAGCAACGGAGAGGAGCUGACGCAGCAGAACGCACAUUACAUCCAGCCCACGCACGACGGCUGUCAGUCGCGCUCGGGGCAGGACCGCACCGUCCUGGAGGUGGACUCUCCGCAGUCGGAAGCUCUGCCUCUCGUGGACGUGGCCGUGACGGAUUUCGGGAGCGCGAAACAGAAGUUUGGCUUCAGCGUGGGGAAGGUUUGCUUCAACGGCUAGUCAAGAACAGACUCUGACAGUGUAUAUAUUUAUACAUCAGUCCUUCAGCUGCUUGCGUUUGUCUGAGGACAGGAAGUGGUGCUUGAAGGGCGAUCACGUGACAUGACGACACACAUCCAGACGCUCUUGUGCUCGGGUUUACAGAGAUCAGACCUCACAGAGAUUCAGUUAUUUUGUAUUAUUGUUUGAAAGAUGUCGAUGUAUUUUUGUAUUUGUUUGUAUGAAUGUUUCGUAAUCUUGGUGCUACAUGAGGCUGUAUUUUAACUUGUUUACAUGAUGUAAUGAGUCAAACUGGCAGUGCAUUCUGGGAAAAGACAUCGCUGCAGCUCCAUCCAGCGGGUCGGGAGUCGUACGCACGUCAGGAUGUCCAGCGGUUUGAUUUUAGUGUUUAAUAUGGAUGGAGAUUCUCUGACUGUGGUUUUGAUAAGUACUGUUUGAGAGGAGAGAUUUAUAAAUAAAACUAUUACUUAAUAAAA